UUUUGAUCACAUGGAUCUAUGUGCGUAAUUGAUUGGUUAAAAGAAAUUCACAUUAUUUUUAGAUGGGGGAAAUUUAAUCACGUGAUUAUCAAAAUGGCAGCUUACUGUGAUUUCAGUGCUCUUGAACUUCUGAUGAAGGCCUCAUCAAAAGAUCAGGUGGUGAAGAUUUGUAAUGAUGUUUACCUGAUGGGCUCUCCUGUGUCCGAAUUGUCGGUGUCCCCUGUGUGUGAUGCUUUGGGUACUCGUUUGACCCCAACUAAACAGAUGAUGGAGUCACUCUCCACACUGUUAACAACUAUAAUAUUUCAUGGGUAUACAGAACCAAGAGAAAUACAGAGCCUGUUUCCUAAGGAUUUCCACAAGAAUCUGCGAGAUUUAAUUACAAAAACUGCUUUGGAAAAUAUGAACAACUGGAAAAAUCAUUCCAUUAGUAGUCAAGUGUCACUUCCAAGACUCGUUGACUUUGACUGGAGGGUAGAUACAAAAAUGGCAUCCGACGCUGUAAGCAGAAUGUCCGUUCCUACCUGCAUCUUACAAAUGAAGGUACAGGAAAACCAAACAGAAGUUAACACAACACCAGAGGUCAAUAAUGUGAAUGUUGAACUUUCUAAAGAGACACUGGACACAAUGUUAGAUGGACUUAGUAAGAUCAGAGACCAGUUAUCUUCUGUUGCCAAAAGAUAACUAGACCAGCAUCAUCUCUAGACAACUGUAUAAACUAGAAAUGUAACUUAAGAAAUUGUGCAAUAAUCACUUGUUUACAAUGAAAAUAUAGAUAUAUUUUACACAAAGAU